AUGCAGUGGGCUGGGACCGGCUGGGUAGUGUGGCAGGCGUGUGGCUGUGACACAGGCACGGCCUGGGAAGCGGUCACUGGAGCCAGAGCUGGAGUUGGAGCUGGUGGAGUUCUCUUUGAUCUACCACUGGGCCACAGGUGCAGGCCGGGACCUCUUCCCCAAGGACAGAGGACAUCUGGAACAUGGUGGGCAUGGGCAUUGGGCACGGAUGGCAGGCACAGCUACGAGCCCCUGCAUACUCGUGACAAGCUGGACCAGGUUCUGGACAAAGUGGAUGAUCCUGACUACCGGUGCAUGAUGCAGGACUGGAUGACAGGGCACGACUUAUGGCUGACUGAUGAGCAGGUAGCCCUGGCAUGGUGGCUGCAGAGGGGCCAGUUGGGGGACAUGAGCUUCGAUCCGUAUGAGCUGGCUAUGGACUUCUUCACUGGGGACCUGGUGUUCCACUCAGUAACCAGCUGACCUGCUGACAAGCACAGCGUCAUCCCAUCCCUGGUGGAGAAGGAGAGGGUCUCUCACUUGGCAAAUGCCAUUAAGAUGGGCCAGAUGCAGCUUCACGGGCCCCAGAACCCCACCCCUAGCUUCAGUAAUCUGUGGGUGGAAGACCCCGAUGUUGGGCCGGAUAAGCACAAGAUACACAUACCCACUCCCAAGCUGGUCCGGCGUCACACUGAGUUCUACGGCCCACCUCCUGCGUAUCUGCCCAGCGAAGAGGUGUGGGAGCAAUGGGAGCCAGGUGAGAGGAAGCCCACCUUCCCGCCACGCAAGUUUCUGAACCUGCGGGGUGUGCCUGUGUAUAGCUGUUUCCUCCAGGAAUGCUUCACAUGCUGCCUUGACCUCUUGUGUCCACGGCAGUGCAAGGUGAGGGUGAAUGUGAACCCUGAAGACCUCGUCCCCAAACUGUCCCAGCUGCAGGACCCGCAGCCUUUCCUCGCAUGUCAGGUCCUCGUCUCUAGAGGCCCCAGCAACCUUGUCCACCACCUUAGUGAUCCUGGAGAGGGCCAGUGGCUGGCUUCAGGCUCUGACGAUGGCUUACUAUGACUCUGGGAGGUGGCUGCCACCCGCUGCAUGAGGACCGUGCCCGUUGUGGGUAUGCUGAGGAGUAUUGGCCGGAACACUCACACCACCAUCUGCCUGGUGGCUGUGGCUGUAGAGGACGUGGUGCUGCUACUGAUCCUGGCCUUGGGGGCCCAGCUGGUGGUGGGCAGCGAGGACCAGCUGCUGUGUGCCUUCAUCCCACCUGAGAUGCCGGCCAUUCAGCCUGCCUACUGGCUGGAGGCCCCAGAGGAGAAACGCCAGGGGGGACUGUGGCUGCACAUUCGCCAUGGGAAGCCUGUGACUCUGUUGACCUGGCAUGGGUGUGGGGACUUCUUGGCUGUGGUCCUGGCCCCUGCAGGCCACACACAGGUGCUGAUCCACUAGCUGAGCUGGCGCUGCAGGCAGACCCCCUUCUGCAGCCAUGGCCAGGUGCUGUGGGUAGCCUUCUACUCUGUCCCGUCCUUUGUGUUAGUGACUUUCCAGUGCAGCAUCUGCCUUUACUAUCUCCUGUGCCAGGAGCUCACCCAGAAGCUGAGACCGAACUGUAAGUGGGUGUCCAGCCUGGCAGUGCACCCUGCAGGGGACAAGGUCAUCUGUGGGAGCUAUGACAGCAAGCUGGUGUGGUUUGAUCUGGACCUUUCUGGUGAGCCGUACAGGGUGGUGAGGCACCACAGGACGACAAGGGCUGUGGCCUUCCACACCUGGUACCAGGUCUUCACAUCUAGCUCUGACCACGGAGUGUCAUUGUCUGCCAGUGACCUGCUGCAGAACCAACUGCUGGUGCCUGUGAAGGUGCUGUGGGGACACGUGCUGAGCCAAGACCUGGGUGUACUGGAUGUGGCUUUCUCCCCUCCCCAGCUGUGGGUUUUCUCAGGGGCCAAUGGCACCAUCUGCCUCUUCACCUAAGCCACCCUGUUUCCUGAGGGGCCAGGCCAUGUGUUUGCUCAGGAUCUUAAUAGAGGUGUUCGCCCAGCUUGGGGGGAAAAAAAAGAGCAAUGCGAAUAAUAGUAGCUUACAAUAUAUUCAUCAUUUCAUCUGCUUCGGAUUCAGCCUCCCUCUCUCCCUCUGCCCCUCCCCUGCUCGUGCUUUGUCUCUCCCUCUCUCUCAAAAAUUAAAAAAAUUUUUUUCCCUUCAGAAUCAAAUUUUCCUUAUGCUAUGUUAUAGCAGAGUAUAUUUAAUUGAUUUACUUAUAGUCAUUAAGUUUAGCUUGCUUAUUAUAUGCUGAGUUUCUGAAUAGCUUUUGGCACUGGGGGUACAGUGUGUGUGCUGAGAAACCUUGUAGACCAAUCUAAUGAAGACACGGUCUCAAUUUUUCCUUUUUUCCAUUGGAUAGGAAUUUUAUGCUGUCAAAUACAGGUAUUCCUGCUUUAAUAGAACUUGUUAUGCCAAGGCACAGAUAAAGCAUUUAAAUCAGUUAUAAAUUGAUACUAUAGUAAGAUUCACCACAUUGAUUACAGACUUUUAUAGCUCUUUGAUGAUAGUUGGUUUACAAAACUUGGUUUAUAUAGGAUUUCACAUAGUACAAGAUGGGGGAUCCCUCUGUAUAAUUCCAUUGAGUGAACCUUAAAAAUCACCUUGGCCAUUUGUUCUUGUAGAAUCUUCAGUUGUCCUCAUUUCUCAUGCGUACAUUUUUUUCUUUGUGAU